AUGUCAAGUAGCAUGGCAUGGGUGUCUGCAAAGGUAGCACAAGCCAUUGCCACUGUAUCUCCUGCUAAGACCAUCCAUGUGCCAGAUGAGUACCUGCUUCUUGGAAUGCAGCUGGAAGUGAUUCAAUGGAUUACUUUAGAAGAAAUCAGGAGUGGUUUGAAUGUGUUGCCUCAUGGGAUUUGGUAUUUUGGCAACCCUGAAAAUUGCACUAUGACAGAUUUGGAUCUGAGCAGUCAUGCAAGGUUAGAGGAGGUGGAGAGGUUAUGGAGAGUGCCAUGGAGAACAUGGCUGACCAACAAGUUCCAGAUGGGUGUGAGAUGUGGAUUUGGAGGAGUCACAAGGUGCCUAGACGAUGAGUACAGGUACUGGUCUUAUGUUGAAACCCAUCCUGCCCAUGUGGUUCUCUCCCAAGGGUCCUGGCAGGAGGCUGUGGAUGUACUACAUUGGUCCUACACAGAUUGGCUGCUCACCCAUCCCCAACUGAUUCAGCCACCUUUUAGUCAGGAGGAGUGUCAGGAACCAUUGAGACUACUCAAUGAUCCAAGUCAGCAAUCCACUCUUUCAUACACAUGCAUGGUCACUCACAUUCUUCUACAUGCUGUCUGCAUUAUCCUCAGUGCCUCUGUCAUGCUUAUCUUGUUCCUGGGACUGGAUGGUAUUGCACACAUUGGAGGUCUGGUCACCAUUUCAUGUUCUGUUCUGAGCACAGUUACAUCUUUCCUGUCUAUUUUCUGGUAUAAAGCAGAGUUGCCACAUGGUUCUGCAGCUGUUCAUCAUGUGGCUGCUGCUGCCAAUGAAGGAUUCAUAUUUCUCCUGAAAGAAAGCAAGAAAAAAGCUCCUGAAAGCAAGGAACUGUGCCAGACAAGGAAGGCUCUCUUUGAAGCCAAUAGCCAGUGUUCCAAGUGGUCCAGGAAUGCAUCUAGCAAGUCAAUCAGCCUCAUGACUUGUAUUGAGCAAGAAGCAAAGGAAUACCUCCUACUGUAUCAUUUUUUCAUCAUUCAAAGCCUUUUCCCAGCAGCUCUGAAUUCCAAUACUGAUCAACAUGAUCCAGCAUGGUGGAAAUCACAGGAUGGGAAGCUCAAGGGCACUCUGACUGAGCUUUAUGAGAUGAUUCCUGUGGAUUUACAUGAGUCAAUGGUAACCUACAAGCAAUUUGGCUCCAUGGUACAUGUAAUUCCAACCUUGGUGACCACUAACAUAUUAAUUUGUUUUAAGUUCACACAAGCACAUGGUCAGGAGAGAUCCAAUGUCCUCAAAGUCAUCAAGGACUGUUGCUGGCAUCCUGCUUGUAAGAAGGACAACAAGGCAUGCCUGGCACUCUUGAAGAAGGAUGGAGUCAGAGAAUACACCUGUUUUGCACCCAUUCUUUUUGCAGAUCCUAAGCAGAUGGUUACUGGAGGCUUCUUGAAGAGUCCUGUCCUAGUUAAGGUUAUCUGUGUCCUGAUGUUUGGAAAGUUAAUCCUUGCAGAAAACAAACAAGGACAGCCCCCAGCCAGGGGUCAGAAGAUGGGCAUGCUGAGGAUUACUGAGGGCCUGAUUGCUGGUGCCUGCAUCUUGGUUCAAUUCCUAUUGUCACAUGAUCCUGAAUUAAGUGCUACUGGUGCAGAAAUGCAGCUUUUCAAAGCAUCUCCUUGGGCUGUCAGCAUGAUGAAUUUCUUCAACCAGGAAGUCUUCAGGAAGGGGUCUCAAUUGGUGAAUGUCAAAUCUGAGAUAUUUGCUAAUGUGGAGCAGCUGCAUACUUGGGAAGAUGAAUUUUUAGAUGAACUCAACAACAUUGACCCCACUGAGAGUCACACCCCACCCAUUUCCACACUGCAUGACCCCAAUGCCCCUGGUGGCCAUGAUUCAGAUCUAUGUGACUCUGAUCUGUCAUCAGUCUCUCAUGCUCCAUUACCUGUUGCCAGUUUGGUCACUCAUUUCAAUCCCCCUCACUCUUGUGCAGCUAGUGUCACUGCUGCACAAGCUGAUCUUGGUGCUCAAACUAUUUCUGUGGUGUUGAGGUGUCAGUGGUGACCAUUGCUGUUGGUCAGAUGAACAUGUCUGGCCCAGCUGAGGCUGAAACAUCUCAAUCCUGACAAGCAAUUCCAGUUGUGAGCCACCAGCACAGCUCAGCUGCUCAAAAGGUCUGGAACCCACCUGCUGUGGUUGCUGUGCUACCGCUACAAGGUCCUCACAACCAAAGAAGAUGAA